AUGGCAUGUCUACUCAAUAGCCUAAUGAUGUGAUCUUCAUCUUCCUCCACUCUCAAAGCCUAUUCCUUUCACCCACACCUGUUUCUGGCUUUAUUUAGCAAAAUUAAAUUUACCAAUCUUCACUUAUCACCACGAUGUCUAGUAGUGGGAAAGAUUUGGCAGAAGGAUCAUCAAGUUCUCCGAGCGAUCAUCACCACCACCACCACCUCCACCAGCAACAGCCAGCAACGCCAAGCCGGUAUGAGUCACAGAAAAGAAGGGACUGGAACACUUUUGGACAGUACUUGAAGAACCAGAGGCCCCCAGUUCCACUCUCUCAGUGCAAUUGCAACCAUGUGUUGGACUUUCUUCGAUACCUUGAUCAGUUUGGCAAGACCAAAGUUCACCUCCAAGGUUGUAUGUUUUAUGGACAACCUGAGCCGCCUGCACCUUGCACCUGCCCGCUAAGACAGGCUUGGGGUAGCCUUGAUGCUCUCAUUGGGCGCCUCAGAGCUGCUUAUGAAGAGAAUGGAGGCUCACCAGAGACUAAUCCCUUUGCUAGCGGUGCAAUCCGAGUUUAUCUUCGAGAAGUGAGGGAGUGUCAAGCUAAGGCAAGGGGGAUCCCCUACAAGAAGAAAAAGAAGAAGACUAAUCAAAACAAGGGAAAUGAAGAAUCAAGUUCUACCAUGCAGUUGGCUUGAUUCCUUUGUCUAGCUAGAUUCAAUAUGGAUCUUCUGGCAAAUGAAUGAAAUGGAAGAGAUUGCUAAAAAAGAACUCUAUUGAAGUUGCUAUCUUUACUUUGACCACCGUAUUUGCCAACUUUCAAGUUAGGGAGGUUUAUCUAUAUAACUCUCAUGGCAUAUAUGCUGAUCUUAAAAGUCUCCAUUUUAUUUGCAAUUUGGGAAUGUAAUAGCACUUAUUAGAAUUCAAAGUCGUUAUGUUACUGUUGGUUUUGCCUAAGUCUGCUACUGGCUGUAUUCAAAAUAGUAGUAAUAAUAUCACCAUGGUAUUCUGUUUUGUCUUCA